AUGGACUUGUUCCUCAUCCGACACGGCGAGACAGUCGACAAUGUAGCGGGUCUUUACGCUGGCGUACGAGACUCGCAGCUCACGAACUAUGGCGUCGACCAAACGAAGCGUCUGGGCGAGCACCUAGCGCAGCGACAUCUUUUCACCAACAUCUUCGCCUCUCCUCUUUCUCGAGCCUACAGAACCGCUCAAGCGAUACGAGCCGCCCAACUGAGCGUCCCGUCUAGGUCGGAACCUGUUCAUAUUGUGCAGGUGCAGGAGCUGAUCGAGCAAAAUUUCGGGUUCUAUGAGGGCAAGCAUUUUCAUGCUCGUACAGAUCCGAAAAAGACUGGAAGGGAGGCACAUCGUCUGCAGCAUCAAAGCGAUCCAGGUUUUGUUGAUGUUGAGAGCAAAGACUCCAUGAAUCAGCGUGCUGAUGUUUUCCUUGAUGAGCAUCUUAUGCCGCUUUUUUCGCAACGACCUGGACAGAACCGCUUUUGCGUUGCAAUUGUGUCUCAUGGAAUGUUAUUGUCACACCUUUGGAGGCGUUUGUUGCUGAGAUUGCCAUCAAAGAGCAUCACUGUCGACCCUGCGGUGACUGCUGCGCGAGGGCCGGUUGUGUUGCAACAUCUCGGCGGAUGGUCGAACACGGGAUAUCUUGAGCUCGCCAUCAGGCGCAUUGCAAGCCCUCUGCAGUCUUCAGUGGAUGCUUCGACUGCACUGUCAAGCCAAAGCUCUGCCGUGACCUUGAGCACCGAUGCUGACACAUUCAACGACGCUGCCGAGGAAAAGCUUAAGGAUCUACCAAAGCCACCAUCCGACCGAUCUGCUUCAUCAGGCCCUAAGCACUCCACACCAGAAGCUGUGAUAGAGAGUUCAAGUGAGCCGCUGUGUUUAUCCACGGGCUGGACAACCGUUAUUGUCAGCAUUGACCGAAAAGAUCAUCUCGCAGGCCUCAAGAGGCAGCGCGGAGGAAUUGGUCGUUCCGCGCAUGAUGAGAAGCAAGGCCGGCUGGAAUCAUUCUUCUCCAAGAAGCAGCGGACAAGCUGA